CUGCGCAGUGCAUUCUGGGCAAAAUGGUUUGCUGCGGCCCCGGGGCUCUUUGAGGGCUGGCAGAGAGUCUUCCGAGGAGUUGCGGCUUUGGAAGGAAGCGACAGUUUAAUCCAGGCUUGGGUGGUCAAUGGGUGCGCUGUGAAGGGGCCCAACUACUGGCAGGGCUGCUUUUCCUGGUGGGUCUCAUGUCACACCGUUGUUAGGUUCCCCUUUCUGGGAUUCUGAGUCCUGAGGAGAGAGGAAGAUGGUGUUUCCCUUUGCUCGGGAAUCCAGAGCUCGACCGUCUCGGUUGGGACCCUCUCGCCACCCAGCAGUUCCUGAAAGUGGCUGUUUGUUGAGCACCCUGCUGAAACCUGAAGGUGGUAGUUGGGUGCUGUUCACUAGAACCCUUGCAGUUGCGGGCAUGGAGGGGGUAGUUGUUAAGAGCGUCUUUGAAACUAGUGGAACUCUAACCCAGGAAAAACUCAACCUAGUUGAAAGAGGCUUUGUGAGUUACUAGGCUCAACCCCUGACCCAAUACUGGGAUCCCUUACACAGCGUGCACUUAUGAAAGCUAGGCACCUCCAAACUCAGGAAGUAGAUCGAUGAUUGUAUACAGUUUCAGUUAUUUGAAAGAUGUUUUUUUUCAGGAGGCGAUCUUCCUGUGAAUUACACCCAAGAGUACUAAUAGUUCAGGAAUGCUUCUAGAGUGUAUAGAACCCAAUUAUGUCACUUAAGGGAACACACAUCACCGCAGUUUUGAUGACGUUUUAGAAUCUUACCUCUCUUGAGCAGAACACGCUGCAAACAAGUGAAAGUAGUUGGAAUCGUAGUUGAAGUCCCCUAGCAAUGGAUAAAUUCGUCAUUCGAACGCCUAGAAUCCAGAAUAGUCCUCAGAAGAAAGAUCCUGGAGGAAAGAUUUACAAGCAGGCCACGAUUGAAUCUUUGAAGAGAGUUGUGGUUAUAGAAGAUAUAAAAAGAUGGAAAACUAUGUUGGAGCUUCCUGAUCAAACAAAGGAAAAUCUAGUUGAAGCCUUACAAGAAUUAAAGAAGAAAAUACCCUCCAGAGAAGUGUUAAAGUCAACAAGGAUAGGUUGCACUGUGAACAAGAUGCGUCAACACUCAGAUUCAGAAGUGGCUAGUCUUGCCAGAGAAGUUUACACUGGGUGGAGAACUUUCAUUGAAAAACAUUUGGAUAGACCUUCUAUUGAAGUCCGAAGUGAUCCCAAAACCGAGACAUUCAGGAAGAAUGCACAAAAAUUACUCUCAGAGGCUUUGGAAUUAGAGAUGGAUCACCUACUGGUUGAAAAUAUUGAGCGGGAAACGUUUCAUCUCUGCUCCCGCCUCAUUAAUGGGCCAUACCGGCGGACGGUGAGAGCCCUGGUCUUCACAUUAAAGCACCGAGCUGAAAUCCGGGCUCAGGUGAAGAACGGCUCACUGCCAGUCGGCACGUUUGUACAGACCCACAAAAAGUGACCUGAGGAUGCAUGGACUGGGCAGAAAGGAAAAUGGGCCUCUCUGUGCCAUUCAAAGACUCCUUUGUGUUUGGGUGAUGGCUGAUGCUUGCUGUGCUAAAUUUUCCCAUGGUGCCAUUCCUCCAGACGGGGGAUGCAGAGAGCCCUGCGAGACAGGCCUGCAGGAUAUGCUUCAUUAGCUGGAGUGUACCAGUGCUACCUAACAGAAUGGACACUGGCUGUCACUGGGAAGCACCGUACAGUUGCCAUCACCCAGCACAGUGACAGGGUGACAGAUUUCACUGUCAAUAUACCAAGGACACCUCUAAACUUCCCCCAUGUCAGGCAGAUGAAGUUACUGCUUUAUUUCGCCACCUGCAGGUAACUGAAACUCAAUUACCACUGCUGUUCACGCGGUUCCAUCCCCCUGAGUUUAGAUAGCUCCGGUGCCUCUCAGAACUCCCCUGUCUAUUCUCUUUGCUCUACCCCAGGGGUGAGCCUGCUGGAGCCAGCCAGCUACCCCUUCUUUCCAGAACUCGCUUAUCUAAAUGUUUCAGCUCUCUCUGGAAGACUUGCGUUGGUCUUCGGAGCCCCCAUGCUGAGGCUUCAGAUGAGCCGCUGGCUUGACGCGGGCCCAUACCUUGGGCUUAUUUGAAUACUGAUCCUCCAUUUAGGGCUCUGUAGAAGAUAGAUAAUAAGAUUUCUCUUGAAAUGAAUUACUGUAGUAGAAAAAAUACAUAUAUAUAUUUAAAAUGAAAUACCUCUAUAUGGGCCUCCUUGAACCAUUGUGUAAAUGAUACUUUUUACACUUUUAAAAAAUAAUAAUAAACUGGGACUUUUUUCCCCUAAACAAAACAUAUGGCUUAUUCAUUGAAAAGUGGGGUUGAGAAAGAG